AUGGGAAGGAAGCUGCGACACCUGCUGAUUUUCCUGCUCCUCAUUCUGAAGGAGCCCAACACGCCAGAAGGUGGCUGUGACUGUGGACAAUUAUCACACUGCAGAUGCCCAAACAGUGAUUGUGGACAACAAGGUAGAGAUAUCUGUGCAUCGCCAGGUGUUGGAAACUUCGUACGCAAGGGCCUAACCAAGAUCCCUCAGAACCUGCCACCAUACAUCAACGAGUUAAAUCUAAAACUUAACCAGAUAAAUAGUGUUCGGUCUGGCGCAUUCUCAACUCUUCCCACUCUCAGUCUCACCCAUUUAUGCCUCGACUCCAACAACAUAACCAGCAUUCAGGCUAAUGCAUUCUCACGUCUAACAAAGCUAAAAGGUUUGGACCUGAGCAAUAACCGUAUAAACAGCAUUCAGGCUGGUACCUUCUCAAAUCUACCAAGACUCAAAUUAUUGUACCUGGACUCCAACAACAUAACACGCAUUCAAGUUGGCGCAUUCUCAAAUGUACCAAAGCUCAGCAGAUUGUACCUACAGUCCAACAAGAUAACCAACAUUCAGGUUGACACAUUCUCAGACCUACCCGCGCUCGAAAGCUUCACAAUAUGGUGCAAAAGGAGGGGGAACAAUUCUGAUUCAGGUUCGAACUCCAACCCUGUUUUACACAACACAAACACCACAGCUGUUGUAGAGACUAGUGGUCUUGAUCACCAGUAUGAAAAUGGUGACCAACAUAACCAGACAAGGCAGGGUCAGUCUCAGUACAUACCUACACCCAACACAAACACCACAGCUGUUGUAGAGACUAGUGGUCUUGAUCACCAGUAUGAAGAUGUGGACCGACAUAUUCAGACGGGGCAGGGGCAGUAUCAGUACAUACCUACACCCAACACAAACACCACAGCUGUUGUAGAGGCUAGUGUUCAUUGUCACAAGUAUGAAGAUAUGAACCAACAUAAUCAGACAAGGCAGGGCCAGUUUCAGACCAUACCUACACCCAACGCAAACACAACAGAUGCUGUAAUGGCCAGCGGUCACCAGUAUGUAAAUAGUGGCCAACAUGAUCAGACAGGGCAAGUUGUGGGCCAGAAUCAGGGUCACUUUAACUCCAACACAACAGCCACUGUGAUGGCCAGUGGUACUGAUCAGACAGGGCAGGGUCAGUCUCAGACCAUCACUGAAUCCAACACAAACACCACAGCUACUGUAAUGACCAGUGGUCAUGAUCAGACAGGACAGGGGCAAUUUAAGGCUAACAUGGCCUGUGGUCAUGAUCGGGCAGGGCAGGGUCAGUCCCAGGCCAUCACUGAAUCCAACACAAACACCACAGCUACUGUGAUGACCAGUGGU